AUGGCUGUCCGACAUCAAAACGGCCAGCCUUUCGGUGGAGGCAAACACCGUCCUGCCUACAAUCAAGAAGCCGGGUCUUUUCGAUCAUCCACUAACGGCUCAGGACCAAGGAACAAUGGAUGGAAUGGACGAGGCAACUCUAACCCGCGAUACCACAACCAAAACCACCGCACUCAUAACUUCAUUCCUCAUCAAAAUGUCCACUUAGGUGGUCCAUCACAAGUCAGGAAUCCUUUCCGAGAUUCGAGAUUGAAAAUCACUAAGACAUUCUCCCAGAAUCAUUCACAAAACAUCAACUUCCAUCAAGCCAACCCCCGACGCCGUCAGAAUCAGAAUGGGCGGUUCCCAAACCACGCCAGUAGCGAUAACUCAGCUCCAUACCGGACUGGUUUCCAAGACCAACUGCGCGUAUCAAACCACCCCCAUUUCAUUCCACGAGGUCCAAGAAACCGGAAAUGGAAAAAUUAUCAAAAUCAGACGAAUCUUUACCAAGCCGUCCACGACGUUGACAUGGUUGAUGCUUCACACCUUGAUACCGAUAUUGAAAUGCCCGACGCCCCUCCACUUGAAAGUUACUACCCCGAAAAUCACAUUAAUGACCCGGCUCUUCUCGUUGCUGAGGGUAUUGCUGCUGCAAACGCUAUGCUGUCUCGGAUUGAAUCUUUCGUCCGCACUGGCACAAUCAAUCCGCCAGUAUAA